GCAUAAUCUAAUUGGAAGACCAAUCCCGAAGAAGUGAUAGUUGCUCAUAGAGGAAACGAGAAUCUGCCUAAAAAACUAAGAAGCAUCAUGACAGCUAGAGAGAUCAUUCCCACAUGCCAUUUCUCCCAAACCACUACUUUAUCGAGCACCCAUCUACGUCAUCGUAACGCGACAGACCUCGCCGAGGAUCACCGCAGAUCUACAAACCAUGCGCUCAGCGACACGCACGUAGGCGGAGCGGCGGCGGGAGGCGGAGAUCUGCGAAUCCGCGCCGCCGCUUCCUCCUCCUCCUCCUCCUCCUCGGCUGCUCUGAAAACAAACCCACGUGUGGACCCGGAGAACCGGCGGCUCUCAACCAAAACACCCCGACACCUUCGUUUAACAACACCUCUCCUUUGUUGGCCAGGUGAACCGCACCCCCAGGAGAGGAGACGUCAUGAGCUUCGUGGAGUACUCCGAGAUGGUCCAGGAGGGGGACGUGGCCAUCGUCUACCUGGGACACGAGUCCAUGAUGGCGGUCAAGGUGCAGAAGAACGGCCAGACCCAGACGCGCUACGGCGCCAUACGCCACUCCUCCGACCUGAUAGGCAAGCGCUACGGGUCAAAGGUCACGUGCAGCAAGGGCGGCUGGGUGCUGGUGCUGCACCCCACGCCGGAGCUGUGGACGGUGAACCUGCCCCACCGCACCCAGAUCCUCUACACCACCGACAUCGCCACCAUCACCAUGAUGCUGGAGCUCAAGCCCGGAGCGGUGGUCUGUGAGUCAGGAACAGGAAGUGGGUCUCUGUCCCACGCCAUCCUGCGCACCAUCGCGCCCACCGGCCACCUCCACACGGUGGAGUUCCACAAGCAGCGGGCGCUGGAGGUGGAGCAGGAGUUCCGGGAGCACCGCGUGGCCCACCUGGUCUCCGUGCGCAACCAGGACGUGUGCCUGGACGGCUUCGGCGUGGCGGGCGUGGCCGACGCCGUCUUCCUGGACAUCCCCAACCCCUGGGAGGCCGUGGGCCACGCCCACAGCGCCAUGAAGAGACACGGGGGCCGCCUGUGCUCCUUCUCCCCCUGCAUCGAGCAGGUGCAGCGGACGUGCGAGGCCCUGGCCGCGCGGGGGUUCCACGACCUCAGCACCCUGGAGGUGCUGCUGCGCGUGCACGACGUGCGCACCGUGGGCCUGCCUCUGCCGGACUUUGGCCCGGACCGCACCCCCGACCCCGCCCAGACCCCCGCCCCAGCGCCGGCCCCCCACGCCUCCCUCUCGAUCAAGACCACCACCCCCCCGCGGAGCAUGGCGGGCCACACGGGCUACCUCACCUUCGCCACCAAGCCCCGCACCUGACGGAGUCACGGGGUGCAUCGUGGGUAGCGGACCGCCGUAACGUUUUCCCCCGGCGGGUCGUCGUCACGGGGACGAGGUCGAACUCAGGACGGUCCGUCUCUGGCGACAUUUUGAACCGGGAGGAGCCGAUACCUUCCUGGUUUCCUCAGCUAAAAAUACAUCAAACGUUACCCAUGGUGCAUUGCCUUAAGAGCUUAAAGGUUUCCCAGAAACCACAAAGAUCGAAUGUCAAUGAUGGUCUUUGAGUGGUCGAGAUUGCUCAAAUCAAUUCUUCUGUUCAUGGGCCUUAACCAUCCGGUGGCCAUCUUGGCUCCAUCUUUGUUCUGAACGUGGCCACUAGGUGAAUAAGGGCUCACGUUAAUACCCUUUACCUAAACCUUGCCACAACGAACCCUUAACUCAACUUUACCACAAACGAAGCAGUACCUAAACUUCACCAAAGUGUGCUGCUGAGUUUCUGUUCCCUCUAAAUGUCCCGUCUGAGGAAGCUGCCCAGACGCCCUUAUUUUGAAGAGUAACGUCAGCCAAGUGUUUGCAAAGAAAAGCCCUUUUGAUUUACGUUGUUUUACACUUGAGGCGUAGAUUUCCCUCACUCUGCUGUGUUGCUUGAAUCAAGUCAGCUGUUUUAUUAUAAUAAGUUCAAGAAUCUUCUGGCUGAUACAUUUUGGUUUGCUUUUUAUAAUAAUUUCUUAAGACUAGACUAAUUUUAUAAGAGGUUGAAGUGAUUUGUACAUGGGGGGAAAUGUAUUAAAGUGUGGAAAAAGUG